AUGGAGACCGCUAUUCGCUGGUCGCCGAGUUCGACUGCCGCGGAACAGCGCUUCCUCUCUGUCGACGUCACCGGCAAGGCAUUUCGUCUCUGCAGAGUUACAGGCUAUAGUGCCUUGGGGAAAACCCUCCAACAUGAAGUGGUAUCUACCUUGACGGAUGUUCCUCUCUUUCGCGCCUUCGACUGGUCCACAUCCAACGAGAACCUGAUUGCCGUCGGCCAGUCAUCCGGCGAGGCCACGAUCCUACGAUUAGACGCCAAUGCGAAGGACUCACUCUCCUUUCCCGUCCGAAAUCAGCGGUACUGCAAUGCUGUAGCCUUCAGUACACAUGGUCUUGUGGCAUCUGGUCUUGACCGCGUGCGUAACGACUUCUGCUUGAAUAUCUGGGAUGUGAACCAGCGACUCAGUCCAGCGGGUGGUAGCAAAGGGUUCCCUGAACCGUUGAGAAAAUUGGCCAGUUCUGAACCGAUUACAAGUAUCAAGUUCUUUCGAGAUCAACCGGAUACAGUGGUGACGGGUGUUAAGGGCCAAUUUGUUAGGAUUUAUGACCUCAGAGAGGGUCCUGGUAAUCCUUCAUUGCAAUUUCCUUCCCGUUGUGUACACAAUUUGGCGAUAAACUGGCUUGACGAAAAUUAUAUAGCCUCCUGCGCGACCUCCAACGAGAGCACCAUUUGCGUUUGGGAUCGUCGUGUGGGAUCAAGACUUGCUUCGCCAUCGGUUGGCUCAUCGACAAGCAGCCCUGAUUCGAGUCAACCCUCAUCCGCAUUGCAAUUCAGGAAUGUCUUCAACUCAAAAUCUUCGAUAUGGAGUUUGCGCUUCUCAAAAACAAACCGGGGGUAUCUUGGGGCACUAUCCAAUACUGGCCACCUCAAGACUUUUGAUAUUGCUAAGGACCAUUUAUCUGAGGAGUAUAGAUCUUCCAUUGACGAAACCCUGGGCCAGGGCUCGUUCAGAAACUACCCCGAACCGGUCUAUACGAAAUAUGUUCGGGAUGUAUGCGCUCCUUUUGACCACCCGACUCGUGGCUGCGAGGAAAAGGAGAGAGUUGUCUGCUUUGAUUUCCUGAAUCUAAACAUCUCACCCCAGCCCAGUGCCAUCGCGCUAGAUGGCAAUGGAACGCCGCAAAUUAUCACGGCCCGUCCACCAUGUGCGCCCGUGGACUUAUCCUCACAGGGCGUCCUUGCUUGCGGUAUCUCAUCUAGUGCUACAGAUAUCCGAACCAUUCAUCCACUAUCCGAUCAGAUAUCGCCCGUUUCUGCGCUGAUAGAGAACAUCAGAGCUCGUGUGUUAACGAGCUCAAGGAGCAAUGGAAUCUCGUCGGAUGAAAGGCCAUCAGUAUCUAGAGCUUUGUCCUCUGAUCCUAUUUCAAGCCGAGAAUUCCGGAAGCGUGCAGUGACUUUGGGCACGCUUGGGAACAUUCUCACUGCGAAAGAAGCAUUAACAAUCUCCACGCUGGGUCAGUCUCGAUGUAAAGAGGGGUAUCUGUUCGAUGAAGCUAAGAACCGGCAAAUUGUUUCUGAAGACUCCGCCCUCCAGGAUUUCUGGAGCUGGGUGGAACGGGCACGAGCAGACUCUUCGGGGACAAAUAUGGUGAUCAAUGGACUGGACAUGAACUACUUGGGAGUCAGCAAUGUCUGGAACAACGACUUGGGCCAUGGCUUUGAAAAGCGUCGCAUUAGCUCGAAGGGCGACGAUCCAAAGAGCGUUUCUGAGGCUGUUAUUCAACUCGUGGAGCAGCUGAGUCUGCCUGAAGUCAAAGGUUGUGAAACCGAAUACCCUGAACACCGCCGCUUCUGUCUGCGUCUAUGUGGCGCACCACAGUCACAUCGGGAACUCGAGGAAUUGGUCAAGAACUUGUCUUCUGAGAACCAACACACAAAGGCUGCUGCUCUAGCUGUCUUCCAGGACGAGCCUAAGCUCGCAUACCUUGGUCUUCGGAGCAAUGAACCCACACCGGCCCAUAAAUUAUUGGCUAUGGCCAUUGCUGGCGCUGCAAAGGGUGAUAGUAGCUCAGACUGGGAGGAAACUUGCGCUGAGAUUUCCAAGGAACUCACCGACCCCUAUGCGCGAGCAAUUCUUGCUCUUGUAAGCAAGGGCGACUGGCACGCUGUUAUCAAGGAGACCACUCUACCCCUCAAAUACCGGGUUGAGGUCGCGUUAAGAUGGCUUCCAGAUGGUGAAUUGACCGAAUAUUUGAAAGAUAUCACGGCCGAGGUGAUGCAACAAGGCGACAUUGAGGGCAUCGUACUUACUGGUUUAGGUCACCUGGCAAUGGGUCUGUUCCAGUCCUACAUUGAAAAAUUCAACGACGUCCAAACCCCAGUACUGGCCAUGAGCCAUACUGUGCCUCGCCUCAUUAGUAGUAAAACAUUCACCGCCCAAUUUGAGGCCUGGCGCGAAACAUACCGGCGGCAAAUGAACUCUUGGAAACUCCAACUUGAGCGUGCUCGGUUUGAUGUCGGCUCUCGUCGGUUUGCUGUGACAGUGGAUGGGCGCAAGCUCAUACCUACACCUCCGCAGCAAGUGAGUCUAACCUGUAACUACUGUACUCGCCCGCUCACUCAACACGACGCCUCGUCUCAAAUUUCCCCCUCCGCUACUGUCGAGACCGUUCACCCGACAGUCGGCAAUCCACUCGGGCCCGCCACCAUGUCCGGGACUGUAUGUCCCCGCUGUGGCCGGCAUAUGCCCCGCUGCGGCGUCUGCACAUUGUGGCUGGGAUCGCCGGACCCGAUGUCGCGCGCAAGCAUUGCCGCCGAUGCAGAGACCAAUUCCCACUCGACUAGCGAAGUCGAGAUUAUGAAGCGAUUUGUGGUGUUUUGCAUCCACUGCAACCACGGGUUCCACGCUCAUCAUGCGCGAGAUUGGUUCACGCGACACAAAGUGUGUCCUGUGGCCGAAUGCAGCUGCAUCUGCGACCGAUGA